GAUCCACUCACUGCAAAUCAAAAUGGCAUCAAUCAUUGUUAAGCUUUUCUUUUCUCUCACUUUAUGUUCUUCAAUUUUCUCAAUAUCGUCGUCGUCGUCGUCAUCUUCUUCUUCAUCUAUAGACUUUUGGUGCAACCAAACUCCUCAUCCCGAGCCAUGCAAAUACCACAUGAGCCAAAGUCAUCACCACCAGUUCGAACCGCAACACCGGUCCGAGUUCACGAAAAUUCUGGUUCAAUUAGCACUGAACCAAGCCAAAGCCGUGCAUGAGAAAGCACAAGCACAUGGCCAAAAAUGUGCGACCGAGAUGCAGAAAUGUGCAUUCACUGAUUGUUUAAAGCUCUACGACAACACUAUCUUCCAUCUAAACCGAACCCUUCAUGGCCUACACACAGCUUCGUGCUCUCCAUCAGAUGCUCAAACAUGGCUCAGCACUGCCCUCACAAACACAGAAACCUGCUGGAGCGCCAUGUCGGCGGCGCAACUGGCAGAGUUCACAGCUCAAAAUAACGUGAGUGACAAUGUUAGGAAGAUGAUAAGCAAUGUGCUGGCUGUUAAUGGGAGAUUUCUGAAGCAAGAGAAUUAUACAGAAGAAGAGAUAAACGAUGCACAUGGUUUUCCGAGUUGGUUCUCGCGGCAUGACAGGAGGUUGUUGAGCUUGAAGCCAUCUUCGGUGAAGGCAAAUCUUGUGGUGGCUAAAGAUGGUUCGGGUCAUUUUAAGACGGUGCAAGCCGCCAUUGAUGCAGCGUCAAGAAGAAGGGUGAAGACGAAGUUUGUGAUACGAGUGAAGAGAGGGAUUUACGAAGAGAAUAUUGAAGUUGAUAAGGAUAAUGAAAAUCUCAUGAUUGUUGGAGAUGGAAUGAGAGCAACCAUUAUAACUGGUAGCAGAAGCGUUAAAGAUGGAAUUACCCCGGCUGCCUCGGCAACAGCAGGCAUAGAUGGAGCUCGCUUCAUUGCACGAGACGUCACUUUCAGAAACACAGCCGGUCCAGAAAACGGCCAAGCCGUGGCACUCCGAUCAGCCUCAGACCUCUCGGUCUUCUACCGGUGCUCCAUCGAAGGCUAUCAAGACACUCUAAUGGCUCAUGCACAACGUCAAUUCUACAGAGAUUGUCGAAUUUUCGGCACUGUGGAUUUCAUUUGGGGUAAUGCCGCAGUUGUUCUACAAAACUGCAGAAUUCUCGUAAGAAGGCCACUUCAAGGCCAAGCAAACAUGAUCACAGCUCAAGGACGAGGCGAUCCGUUUCAGAACACCGGAAUAUCGAUCAUCGGUUGUCAGAUUCGAGCCGCGCCGGAUCUCAGGCCGGUUGUGCGAUCAUUUCAAACCUAUUUGGGUAGGCCAUGGCAGCAAUAUGCUAGAGUGGUGGUGAUGAAGAGUUACAUUGAAGGAGUGGUGAAUCCAUUAGGUUGGUCUCCAUGGGGAGAUAAUGAUUUGGGUCAAGACACGUGUUAUUUUGGGGAAUAUAUGAAUUUUGGAGCUGGUUCAUCAACACAAAGUAGGGUUCAAUGGCCUGGGUUUCAUGUUAUAAGUAAUCCAAAUGAGGCAAACCAGUUCAGUGUUGCUAGUUUUCUUGCUGGGCGGACAUGGCUGCCUGUCACUGGGGUGCCUUUUUCUAUUGGUGUUUAAUUUAGUAAUGCAUGUGAUUGAUUUUACAGGGAUAUACAUGUACAGUUCAUUAUUUAUUUAUUUUUAAUAAUUUUUCCGGGGAUUCA